AUGGCCCCAGGUUCUCAUCGAUUGUUCCUCUCCUUUCUCCCAUUUCUCCUCACCCUCACUCCCAUUUCUCCUCUCCCCCAUUCCCAUUUCGCAUCCCCCUCACUCCCAACCCUCCAUUUCCGCCCUGCUAUCCCUUCCCUUCUCAUUCCUGGCCCCCCUUAUUCCCAUUCUUCACCCUUUUAUUCCCAUAUCUCCACCCCCUCACUCCUAUUCAUCCACCCCCUCACUCCCAUCUCUCCCCCCUCUCUCUCCCGUUUCUCCUCCCCCUCUCUCCCGUUUCUCCUCCCCCUCUCUCCCGUUUCUCCUCCCCCUCACUCUCAUUUGUCCUCCCCCUCACUUCCAUUUCUCCUCCCCCUGGCUCCCAUUUCUCCUCUCCCCCGCUUCCAUUUCUCCACCCCCUCACUCCCAUCUCUUCACCCCUUCGCCCCCAUUCCUCACCUCCCCUUUUUCUUUUCGGAUGCCACAGGCCAUUGUGCCGUUGCCACCGUCUCGCGUCUCCUCACUGCUCUGCUGGUCUUCACCUCUGCUCUUGCCUGUGCCACUGCCACUGUCUCGUGCCUCCUCACUGCUCUGCUGGUCUUCGCCUCUGCUCUUGCCUAUCGUCACCCGCGCUCCCCUCGUCACCCUCGUCGACCCACACCGAUCCUCGCCACCCUCACCUCCCUUGGUCACCGACAUUCUAUCUCGUCGCUCGCGCUUCCCCUCAUCACCCGUGCCGACCCUCGCCGCACUCGCCUCCCCUCGUCGCCCGCGCGUCCCGUCGUCGGGCUUGCCUCCCAGUCACUCGCGCUUCCCCUCGUCAUCCGCGUUUCCAUCCGCUCUUCCCCUCUCCCCAUCUCACUAUCUCCAGCCCAUCCUUCCUCCCCCAUUCCUUCCGAAGGGGUGGGACAGAUGGGGAGGAACAGAUGGGUAGAAACAGAGGUGGUCGCUUCCGCCACCACAAUCGAACAGCGUUUUGAUUCCCUCUCUGCUCCCCACCAUCCUCCCCCCAGCUCUCUCCCCGGCAUCUGCCCCCGCUCCCCCCAUCCUCUUCCCUGUUUCCCCGUAUCCCUUGCCGUGCUUCCCCCCAUCCUAUCCCCUCUUACCCCGUAUCCCCUGCCCUGCUUCCCCCCAUCCCCUUCCCUGCUUCCCCCCAUCCCCUUCCCUGCUUCCCCUCAUCCCCUUCCCUGCUUCCCCUCGUCCCCUCCCCUGCUUUCCCCCAUCCCCUUCCCUGCUUUCCCCCAUCCCCUGCCCUACUUCCCCCCAUCCCCCUCCCUGCUUCCCCCCAUCCCCUUCCCUGCUUCCCCCCUUCCCUUUCCCUGCUUCACCCCAUCCCCUCCCCUGCUUCCCCCCAUCCCGUCCCAUGCUUCCCCCCAUCCCCUUCCCUGCUUCCCCCCAUCCCCUCCCCUGCUUCCCCCCAUCCCCCUCCCUGCUUCCCCUCAUCCCCUUCCCUGCUUCCCCCCUUUCCUUUCCCUGCUUCACCCCAUCCCCUUCCCUGCUUCCCCCCAUCCCCUUCCCUGCUUCCCCCCAUCCCCUGCCCUGCUUCCCCCCAUCACCUUCCCUGCUUUCCCCCAUCCUCUCGCCUGCUUCCCCCCAUCCCCCUCCCUCCCUCCUUCCCCUCACACCCACCCCUGUUCCCACCUGCCCUCCCCAUCCCUGCCUUUCCCUCCUUGCCCUGCCCUUCCCUUCUCCAUCCCUUCUCAACCCUUCCCUUUCAUGUCAUGCCCUCCCCUUCCCCCUGAUCUUCCGCCCUCCAGUUACCAUGCUUGUGCACCCAUCACUGUCUCCCCAUACCGGUACAUGCUUUCAUCAUGUGCGCUUGCUUGUGUUCCCCUGCAGUUGUUCCCUUGGCACCUCACACCACUUCCCCCAUGUUCCAUCACACAAUUCUUUCUGCCUACUCCACUCUCCAAAUUUUCAGUGGUGAAGCAGAGGAGCAAGCUGAGGCGCAGCUAG